AUGAGUUAAGAAUUGCUUCAUUGUCCAAAAUGUUAAAUCAAUUUCGAUAGAUACAAUCGAACUCCUUAAAUGUUACCAAAAUGUGGUCAUUCAAUGUGUAUGUAAUGUCUUAAAGAAUCUUCUAAAAUCAUAUGUCCUGAAGAUGGGUAUCAAUUCUCAAUUUAUCAGAUUACUCUAACCUUCAGAUCUUACUCUCUAUCCUAUUAAUUAAGCUGUCUUCAAAAUCAUUUGUAAAACACAAGAUAUUGAUCUUCCAUCUAAUUAAGACAAAUUGUAAUACUGUCCUUAACACUAAAAACUACUUGAACUUAUAUGUGUUGAUGAUAAGUGUAAAAUAUGUUCUAAUUGUGCAUUGUUUGGAAUUCAUAAAUAACAUAACUUUUUAAAUGCUGAAGUAUAUAUAUUUACAUAUCAUCUUACAAGUCUGUCAAUAAAUCAAUAUAAGAUAAUCUAAUCCAAACAGAAAAUAUCAUUCUUACUAUCUAAGAUAAAAUCAAAAAACUCAAGUUACCACUCAUUAAUUAAAAGAUUCAUGAUUAAAUUAGACUUUGUAUUAAAUAAUAAUAAACUCUUGCUGAAGAAUAAUUUAAAGUAUCUUAUUUCAUUUAUUCUAGGAAAUCAUUAAUUAAAUCCUUCUCAAAUAACAAAAAGUACUUGAAGAGAUUGAAUUAAAGUAUAAACUGUUAGAGGAUCAAUUUAUAAAAAAGGAGACUAUUAUUAUCACUUCCAUUCUUGAUAAAGCUGACAUCUGGAUUCUUGGGUAUCUAUUCAUUAAUAUUAUUAGAUCUAAUCAAAAAAUCUAAGAAUAUUACAGUAUUAAAGAAAAAGGAGAAAUCCCAUUCGCCUUCUUACUCUAAGAUUCUUCCACAUAAUAAGGAAUGUAAAUCAUAGAAGAUAUAGAUGAUUAUCUACUCAAAUUUCAAAAUAAUCUUUUAGAUAUUAUAUCUGCAAUACCAACUAUUAAUCAAUAUGAAUAAUCGUAUUUUGAUGAACCUAAUAUACUUAAAGAUUUAUCAAUUAUAGAUUAAAGUUUCUUAAAAGAAAUUGAUGAAUUACCACCUCAUAAUGAAUUUUUAGGAUCAUCUCUACCAGAGUCUACUUGUCAAUCUCAACCUUCCUCUAAUAAUAUCUCUUAAAAUGCGAUCAGUCCAUAAUAACCUCAUUAAAAAAGGGCAUCCUAAUAAUUUGCUUUGGUCUCUCCUAAAAUAUCAACUAGAUAACAAUCUGCAUCUCCAAAAAAACCAGUGCAUAAAAAAAAAUUAAACACAAAAGUAGAAUCAAUCUUAUUGAAUUGUAAUGGUGACUAUUUAGAUCUAUCACAAUAAGGUAUUUCUUUUAUAAAUAUAUCAGAACUUGGAGAUGAUGAAAUCAUCAUAUUAGAAGAAUAAAUUAGAAAUAAGAAAAUAAAGUUUAUAAAAUUAAUGAAAAAUCGAAUUAGUGAUGUUGGUGCUAUAAAAUUAAUGGAAUUGCAUAGUUAAGUGUUACAUUUACAAUCAAAUGUAAUUACUGAGAAGUUUUUAGAUAUGAUAAUGAAUGCAAUACAAAAAUAGAUACAGAUUCACAUAAAAACUAUAUAUUUGGGUUAGAAUCUAAUAAAUUAGUUUAGAGUAAAAAAGAAAAUAGAAGAUCUCAAAAAAUUAGGAAUUUCAAUUUAAUUAUGA